CCACUCCUAUAAAUCCCAUAAACUUCUUUCAUUAAUCCACUGCACAAACGCAAAAUCCAAAUAUUUUGCACACAUACACCAAAAAAUGUCUAAUUCUAACCAAACAAUGUCAGUAAAAGCAUUAUCAGGCAUUGGCAACCUCAUUAAACUCCUUCCAACAGGAACAGUUUUCAUGUUUCAAUUCCUUAAUCCUGUCUUAACCAACAAUGGCCAAUGCCACACCAUAAAUAAGUACUUAUCCGGCGUACUUAUCGCGGUUUCUGCAUUUUCGUGUUGCUUUGCAUCAUUUACUGAUAGCUAUGAAGAUAGUGAAGGAACCAAUCAUUAUGGCAUUGCAACAAAUAAGGGCCUAUGGCCUAAUUCAUCCUCACAGGACUUGUCUUCUUAUAGGCUUAGAUUUGGGGACUUUGUUCAUGCUUUCUUUUCACUUAUUGUAUUUGCUGUUGUGGCUUUGUUAGACCCUAAUACUGUGGAAUGUUUCUAUCCAUCUUUUGAGUCUGCUCAGAAGGUUCUUCUCAUGGCGUUGCCACCAGUUAUUGGGGCGAUCUCUGGCUCGAUAUUCGUGAUAUUUCCAAACACUCGCCAUGGCAUAGGGUACCCUUCCAGCCAGAGUUCGAGUACGAGUUCAAGUUCUGCUAAAUCUUAGCCACAUGGAAAGAGUUUGAUAUGAAAAAUAAGUGCUUGAAUGUUUGUCUUAUUUUUUAUAUUUUUAAUUUGUGCAUGGAGGUUUUACCUCUUUAAAAGUAUGAAUUAUGAAUUAUAUGUUGUGAUAUGCAUUAAAUGAUUUCUUGGAAGUUAAAUAAAUCUAAACUGGCAUCGUGCUUUCAAAAGAA